UUUAAUCAGAAUGCCUACAAAAGCAUUUCCGGUCAUCUUCCGCAUAAGAAACCUUUAGAAAUAUUCAUGGCGUGACGCUUUUGUAUACACGAAGGCAAUAAUCAGGCUUCCAAGAUGAACUACGUACCUGGGACAGCUAGUCUCAUAGACGAGAUCGACAAAAAACAUCUGGUUCUCCUCCGAGAUGGUAGAACACUCAUCGGAUACCUCAGAAGCAUUGACCAAUUCGCUAAUUUAGUUUUCCAUCAGACAGUUGAACGUAUCCAUGUGGGCAAGAAAUUUGGUGACAUCCCCAGAGGAAUCUUCAUUGUGCGAGGAGAAAAUGUGGUGCUGCUUGGCGAAAUAGAUGUGGAUAAACCAUGUGACACAGUCCUGCAGCAGGUCUCCAUUGAGGAGAUUCUGGAGGAGCAGCGGUUGAAGCAACAAACUAAGCAAGAAAUGGAGAAAGUGAAGAUGCAAGUCCUGAAAGACAGAGGCCUCUCCAUCCCCAAAGCUGAUAACCUGGAUGAAUAUUAACACAGCCCAUGAGCUGCUUCAGUUUGUAUCAGACUGGAAUCUUGGUUGAAUUUCAAAACAUGAUUUUAUGAGCACAAGGCAAUAUUUUGCUUUGCCUCCUUACUGUAGUGUACUGUAUACAUUUAAUUUGAAUGAAACUCUUUCAGUUUUUCGGUGUCGAAGGUGGCAAAACUCUUCGUUGUGGCUCAUUAUGAUAGCAAUUAUUUUACAGCAGCACUUUGUGUUACUCAAUGUGUUUGUAUUUGGAGAUAUAAAGGCCUGCAAGUGACACAAAGGUAAUGGAUAUGCUCCAUUAAAAUAUUAUUUUUUA